AUGCACAUGAUGCGGGAACUCAAUACCUCGUCUUGUGCAAGGGAAGAAAAGUGGUGUAGGUCGAGUGCUGGAAGCGCCGUAGAUGUAACCUUGCGGCCUAGAGCCUUUGGGUCUGGGAGUAUUCCACACAGGCAGCCAGACGCGAGAAGCUUCAAUACGUGA